ACGUGACGUGUCAGUAAGGAGCAGACACUGUGUGUUAGCAGCUUUAUUUAUAUCUCUCUCUCUUGUGUUAGCUUAUUGACUAGCAGAACAUUUUUAUAGGAGAAGUAUUUAGCUACUUAUUUCAGAUUUCUGUGUCAAUUAAAUUGUAUUAUUAGUCAAGAGGUUCGGUCAAGACCAACAUGGGGAUAAUAGGGAAUUUUGUUAACGCGUUAUCCUUGUUGGUGUCCUCUCGCUAAUAAAGCAAAGUUCGUUCGCUAAUCAAUUCGCUCGCUAUUUGUUUUUGGAUGUCAUGGCUUCAACGAAUGACAGAGGAAUUAUGUUAAGGUUACCUGCACGGAUUAAAGACACGGUUUAAUCGAUGGGGGGUGGACUUGACAUUUCCAGACGUACCAUUUUUUUUUGUAACGUUGCCUAAAAAUGUUUUGUUAUUGUCACUAACGUUACUAGAUUAUUUAUAGGGGGAACUAAACUACCGGUAACUACCGAGACUCCACAAUGCAUGACGCUUACGAACCGGUCCCUAUCCUGGAGAAACUGCCUCUGCAGAUUGACUGUCUUGCUGCUUGGGAGGACUGGCUUCUGGUAGGCACUAAACCAGGCCAUCUCCUGCUCUACAGGAUAAAAAAUAAUGCAGGUACCAACAGGUUUGAGGUGACUCUGGAGAAGUCCAACAAGAACUUCUCAAAGAAGAUCCAGCAGCUGUUUGUUGUGUCACAGUACAAGAUCCUCGUCAGUCUGUUAGAGAACAACAUCCAUGUCCAUGACCUCUUGACCUUCCAGCAGAUUACUGUGGUCUCCAAGGCCAGAGGGGCAACGCUCUUCGCCUGUGACCUGCAGCAGUCCCCCUCGGGAGAAGCCCAGCUGAGGAUGUGUGUUGCUGUGAAGAAGAAGCUUCAGCUGUACUACUGGAAGGACAGGGAGUUCCAUGAGCUACAGGGGGACUUUUCUGCUCCAGACAUCCCGAAGGCCAUGGCCUGGUGUCAGAACUCUAUCUGUGUAGGCUUCAAGAGAGACUACUACCUCAUCCGGGUCAGUGGGGCUCAAAACAGGAAACACUGUGUUCAUGUUUUACUGCAGACUCCGACCCAUGUGAUUGGUCUGUAUCCUGACCUGCUCCCCGCUGACUACCGUAAACAGCUGCACUACCCCAACCCCCUGCCCAGUCUGUCUGGAGCAGAACUGGAGAAGGCUCACCUGGCGCUCAUAGACUACCUGACACAGAAACGCAGCCACCUGGUGAAACACCUGAACGACUCCGAGCCGUCCACCCCGUCUCCCCUCAUGGAGGGAAUUCCAACCAUCAAGAGCAGGAAGAAACUCCUGCAGAUCAUCGACACCACGCUGCUCAAAUGCUACCUGCAUACCAACGUGGCCCUGGUGUCCCCUCUGUUGCGUCUGGAUAAUAACCACUGUCACAUUGAGGAGAGUGAGUACAUCCUGAAGAAGGCCCACAAGUACAGCGAGCUCAUCAUCCUCUAUGAGAAGAAGGGCCUGCAUCAGAAAGCCCUACAGGUGUUGUUGGAUCAGUCCACCAAGGCUAACUCUCCUCUAAAGGGACAUGAGAGGACGGUGCAGUACCUCCAGAGACUGGGGAUGGAGAAUCUGGUCAUUAUCUUUGAGUUCUCUCCCUGGGUUCUGAAGAUCUGUCCUGAGGACGGACUCAAGAUAUUCACUGAGGACCUGACGGAGGUAGAGACCCUGCCCAGAGACAAGGUCCUGAACUUCCUGAAGGAGGGCUUUAAGGAGCUGACUAUCCCCUACCUGGAGCACAUCGUACACGUCUGGGAGGAGACGGAGCCAGAGUUCCAUAACGUCCUCAUUCAGCUGUACCUGGAGAGGGUCCAGGGGCUCAUGAAGCAGUACCUCAACUCCCUGCCCGAGGGGGUUCCUGCAGUGGCUGCUGGAAAGGAGGAGGGGGACCUGGGAGAGUUUAGGAACAAGCUUCUAUGUUUCCUGGAGGUCUCUACCAGCUACGAGCCUGGACGUCUUAUCAGUGACUUCCCCUUUGACGGUCUUCUGGAGGAGAGGGCCGUGCUGCUGGGUCGGAUGGGGAAACACGAACAGGCCCUCUUCAUCUACGUACACGUCCUGAAGGACACCCACAUGGCAGAGGAGUACUGUCAUAGGCAUUAUGACAAAGAGACGGACAGAAGCCAGGAUGUGUACCUGUCUCUACUGCGCAUGUACCUGUCCCCUCCUGACGUCCACUGUCUUGGGCCAAUCAAAAUGGAGCUGUUGGAGCCACAGACCAAUCUAAUGGCAGCUCUACAUGUCCUGGAGCUGCACCACAGCAAGCUGAAUACAACUAAGGCCAUCGACCUGCUGCCAGCCAACACUCAGAUCAGAGAGAUCCGUGUGUUCCUGGAGAGUGUUCUGGAGGAGAAGGCUCAGAGGAAACGCUUUGACCAGGUGCUCAAGAGUCUGCUGCAGGCCGAGUUCCUACGGGUCCAGGAGGAACGUAUCUUCCACCAACAGGUGAAGUGUAUCAUCACAGAGGAAAAGACCUGCAGGGUCUGUAAGAAGAAGAUCGGAAACAGCGCCUUCGCCAGGUAUCCCAACGGUGUUGUGGUUCAUUACUUCUGCUGUAAGGACCGAGGGGUGUGUCCUACGGAGCAGUGACACCGCUAUCGCCACCUGGACGCAAAGCACUUUGGGAUACUAACAGACGAGACUGCUGUGUACUGAAAUGACAGAAUAGUUCCCUCCUGUGGACUUCGUGUUCGUAGCAGCACCCUGGAAGGCUGGUUUGAAACGACAUCACAGCAGCUGGGAUAUUCAGGAGGAGAGGAGGACUCCAUCUCCGGAACUCUUGGCUGCUUCUCUCUGGAACUCUGGCUGCUUCUCUCUGGAACUCUGGCUGCUUCUCUCUGGAACUCUGGCUGCUUCUCUCUGGAACUCUGGCUGCUUCUCUCUGGAACUCUGGCUGCUUCUCUCUGGAACUCUGGCUGCUUCUCUCUGGAACUCUGGCUGCUUCUCUCUGGAACUCUGGAACUGCUACCAGCUACCUAUUCUGCCCCACAACCCCAGCUACCUGCUAAACUACAGUACCUGUAGCUAUUCUACCAACUACUCUGCUACAGUGACUACUCUGCCCCCUCCCUCUCUCAUCCUCAGACUCUACAGAGACUAUAUAGACUAACUCUUAUUCUCUGAUGCCUUGUGACUUUUAAGAAUGUCCUUAAAAGCAGCCAUUUUCUUUUCAGUUAGUGUGUGUUUCUGAGGGAAUGGUUUUCAUGUUUUCAGUUAGCGUGUGUUUCUGAGGGAAUGGUUUUCAUGUUUUCAGUUAGCGUGGGUUUCUGAGGGAAUGGUUUUCAGUUAGCGUGGGUUUCUGAGGGAAUGGUUUUCAGUUAGCGUGGGUUUCUGAGGGAAUGGUUUUCAGUUAGCGUGGGUUUCUGGGGGAAUGGUUUUCAGCUAGCGUGUGUUUCUGAGGGAAUGGUUUUCAUGUUUUCAGUUAGCGUGGGUUUCUGAGGGAAUGGUUUUCAGUUAGCGUGGGUUUCUGAGGGAAUGGUUUUCAGUUAGCGUGGGUUUCUGAGGGAAUGGUUUUCAGUUAGCGUGGGUUUCUGGGGGAAUGUUUUUCAGUUAGUGUGUGUUUCUGAGGGAAUGGUUUUCAGUUAGCGUGGGUUUCUGAGGGAAUGGUUUUCAGUUAGCGUGGGUUUCUGAGGGAAUGGUUUUCAGUUAGCGUGGGUUUCUGAGGGAAUGGUUUUCAGUUAGCGUGGGUUUCUGAGGGAAUGGUUUUCAGUUAGCGUGGGUUUCUGAGGGAAUGGUUUUCAGUUAGCGUGGGUUUCUGGGGGAAUGUUUUUCAGUUAGCGUGUGUUUCUGAGGGAAUGGUUUUCAGUUAGCGUGGGUUUCUGAGGGAAUGGUUUUCAGUUAGCGUGGGUUUCUGAGGGAAUGGUUUUCAGUUAGCGUGGGUUUCUGAGGGAAUGGUUUUCAGUUAGCGUGGGUUUCUGAGGGAAUGUUUUUUUUUUUUUUAGAUCAACCUGUAUUUGGAUGUAGAUCCACAGUUUCAAAAUGUGUCUUUUUAGUGAUUGAUACAAUAUAUUCAUUCAUUUUUUGGGGAAAAACCUGAAAGAGAAAUUAUGUCAGCAGCUCAGCCCAUGUUUCCCAUAUUCCAGAAGUGAUCGGUGAAAUGAAAUGGUACUGUCUUUAUCAUGAGUGUACGUCAGAUUGGAAUGAAAGUUAAGAUAUGGGGAUGAAUUCCAAAAUGGCACCCUAUUCCAUUUUAUAGUGCACUACUAUAUAGCCCUAUAGGGUUCUGGUGAAAAGUAGUGCACUAUAUAGGGAAUAGGGUGCCAUUUUGGGAUGCAGGCAUUAUAUAUGUCGCAGUUGUAUCCUCGCAACAUUGUAAAUAAAUACGUGCAGCAUCAACCAACCGUCCAUCUAUUUAUUGAAGGAGAUGUAGCUAGCUAUAUUCAACCAACCGUUCAUCUGUUUAUUGAAGAUGUAGCUAGCUAUACUCAACCAACCGUUCAUCUGGCUAUUGAAGGAGAUGUAGCUAGCUAUACUCAACCAACCGUUCAUCUGUUUAUUGAAGGAGAUGUAGCUAGCUAUACUCAACCAACCAUUCAUCUGGUUAUUGAAGGAGAUGUAGCUAGCUAUACUCAACCAACCGUUCAUCUGGUUAUUGAAGGAGAUGUAGCUAGCUAUACUCAACCAACCACCUGUUUUUGUUUUUGAGUGUAGCUAGCUAUACUCAAUCAACCACCUGUUUUUGUUUUUGAGGAGUACAUUUGUACGGAAUGGGGUGAGUUUACAUUAGCUAGUUACACUCAACCAACUGGAAUGGGGUGAGUUUACGUUAGCUAGCUACACUCAACCAACCGGAAUGGGGUGAGUUUACGUUAGCUAGCUACACUCAACCAACCGGAAUGGGGUGAGUUUACGUUAGCUAGCUACACUCAACCAACCGGAAUGGGGUGAGUUUACGUUAGCUAGCUACACUCAACCAACCGGAAUGGGGUGAGUUUACGUUAGCUAGUUACACUCAACCAACCGGAAUGGGGUGAGUUUACGUUAGCUAGUUACACUCAACCAACCGGAAUGGGGUGAGUUUACGUUAGCUAGCUACACUCAACCAACCGGAAUGGGGUGAGUUUACGUUAGCUAGCUACACUCAACCAACCGGAAUGGGGUGAGUUUACGUUAGCUAGCUACACUCAACCAACCGGAAUGGGGUGAGUUUACGUUAGCUAGCUACACUCAACCAACCGGAAUGGGGUGAGUUUACGUUAGCUAGCUACACUCAACCAACCGGAAUGGGGUGAGUUUACGUUAGCUAGCUACACUCAACCAACUGGAAUGGGGUGAGUUUACGUUAGCUAGUUACACUCAACCAACCGGAAUGGGGUGAGUUUACGUUAGCUAGCUACACUCAACCAACCGGAAUGGGGUGAGUUUACGUUAGCUAGCUACACUCAACCAACCGGAAUGGGGUGAGUUUACGUUAGCUAGCUACACUCAACCAACCGGAAUGGGGUGAGUUUACGUUAGCUAGCUACACUCAACCAACCGGAAUGGGGUGAGUUUACGUUAGCUAGCUACACUCAACCAACCGGAAUGGGGUGAGUUUACGUUAGCUAGCUACACUCAACCAACCGGAAUGGGGUGAGUUUACGUUAGCUAGCUACACUCAACCAACCGGAAUGGGGUGAGUUUACGUUAGCUAGCUACAGUAUACUCAGUCUGUUGCACCAUCUCACCAUUUAACCUUCAAAACAUUGGUACCAUUAUAUAAAGAGGGAGAGAGUAUGAACAGUUUAUUGUUUAAGUUUUUUCUUAUUUUUUUACUGAGCAAAUCAAACCGAUAUGUCAGUAUUGCAUGAAUUGAUUAAUAAACAUAACUUUACACUC